AUGUCGUUCAUUAUUCUGGGAUUCCUAGUGUUAGCGAUACCGAUAUCAGCUAUUUUGUCAUACAAAAUAGUGGCUUACCAAGUGCAAGAGGGUCUAGAGUUUGCUGCAAAAUACCUGCUGGAUCAUAUUUUCUCUGAUGUGCAAGCAGUUUCUCAUUCGUUACUUCCAAAUGCAGCGGCGUUGAACUUAGCAAGGAUGUUGGGUUCAUCCUUUAAAGAAACAACCCCGCCAGCGUUCUCGAAGAUUAGUACCAUGGUAAAAAUACUUAAACUCAAAUGUCCAUUUUCAGUUUACUACAUUCGGCUACUUCCUACUACUGUGGCUCCCAAACUGCUGCUGGCAUUCAUGAUCCAUAAUGUAUGGCAGAUUUCUUAUUUGCAAUCGAACGGUUUAUUCUUCUCUUAUUACAUGGAUGGAAAUGAAACUGUAUCGUUAUAUUCAAAUGCAACAUGUGUUGAUGACAAAAAAAGGGCCACCAAUACUUCUUCAUACAACUUGUAUAAGCAACCAAUAGAUAAAAACACAGGUGAACCAUAUGGAGAAGUGUCCAUAAUUCCACACUCGGACAUAUGUUUUAAGAAUUCAUUUUGGUUUCGGAAAGCAAUGCAAAGUAAGAAUGGGUAUGCAUUUGUAGGGAAUGUAUUGGGAAGUAACAAUUCAUCGUCAACACAUUCUUUGUUUCAUUCUAUCGCUGCUAUUAAUGGGGAAGGAGUAGUAUCUCUUGGUGUAUCUGUCAAAGCUUUUGUAGAUGCCAUCAAGAAAGUAAAUACUCUGAAUGGUACUUUAUUUUUAGGUACAAAUGAAGGUAAAAUCCUCACACAUAACAACAAUCUUAACGCUAGCAUUGUGAUCAAUGAUGCAAGUGUUUCGAUUGAAGUAACGAAAGAUGGGGAUAAUAUAGGAAAUGAUCAUCGCAGUGGAAUUGCUAUCAUUUCAUGUGAUCCUAGUCGUGACUUAUUGCGAGCCGACGAAAUAGAGAUUGGCAGGGAAAGGUACCAUAUCUAUUUCGAACCCCUUGAUAUAGCUGGCAUUAAAGCGGCAUCAAUCAUGGUUUUCCGUGACAAUGGAUUACUAACGCAAGUUCGUAUGAAUGAUAGUGUAUCAUCUUUGUUAUUGGCGCUUGCGAUCGUAUCUGUGUUCUUGUCGACAACUUUCUUUAUAGUGUUAAUAUCUCGAGGUACAAGAAGGGAGAUGUUUCUUUCAGCUACACUUAUGAAACAAAUGGAAGCAACGCAACAAGCUGAAAGGAGGAGUAUGAACAAAAGUAUUGCUUUUGCAAGUGCCAACCAUGACAUUCGUGGCGCUCUUGCAACAAUUGUUGGUCUCAUUGAGUUUUGUCUUACCGAGGUUUCUCCCAGCUCCAACUUGGAUAACAAUUUGUCACAAAUGAAAAGCGCUUCAUUGGAUCUUCUCGAAUUACUGAAUUCAGUUCUUGAUGCAAGUAGAAUUGAAGCCGGCAAGAUGCAAUUGCACGAAGAAUUUUUCGAUUUAGCUAAAGUCAUAGAGGAAGCAGUUAACUUCAUAUAUCCAAGGGGAUUGGAAAAAGGAAUAGAUGUCGUGCUAGACCAUUGUGAUGGUUCAGUUCUCAAAUCUCCGCUCGUCAAAGGUGAUCGUGGAAAACUCAAACAUGUACUUAAUAACUUGUUAAGUAACGCAGUGAAGUUUACAUCUGAAGGACAUGUCGUCUUACGUGCUUGGGCAAGAAAACCAAAUCCCAACGCCUCGCUGCUUUCACCAAAAUAUAAUGGUAUCUGGAAACGUAUAUCACAUUUAAUUUACAAAACCACAGGACAAGAUUACAACGAGACACUCCAUACACUCGAACAUAAUGAAAAUUCUUUGGAGUUAGUAGUUGAGGUAGACGAUACGGGAGAAGGGAUACCAAAAGAUAAAAGAGAUUCUAUUUUUGAGAACUUUGUCCAAGUUAAGGAAACGGUGCUUGGACAAGGUGGUACCGUGUUAGGCCUUGGAAUUGUGCAAUCACUAGUGCGUCUUAUGGGAGGAGAAAUAAGCAUUCUUGAUAAAGAAAUCAGCGAGAAAGGAACUUGUUUCAGCUUCAACAUUUUUCUUUCCCAAGACGAAAACACGAUGCCUAUGACAAGGCUGUACCAAAGUCCCUGCAACGUAGAAGGUUUAUCAUCAUCACAUGUUAUACUUGUUAUUCAAGAUGAUGAAAGAAGAAACGUUACAAAGAACUUCAUGCGAACACUAGGUGUAAAAGUGUCAGCUAUUAACCAGUGGGAACAUGUUCUUCCUACUCUCCAACAGAUAAAACGCCGGUUUUAUGUUAGUAGUCGAAGCUCUUCUGGAAAAUCUGAGCAAUUAGGUUUAUACACCGAUCAUUUGAGUCGAUCAACAUCGCAUAGUCCUAUUACAACAAUGUAUGAUGGGAGUUUAAGUGGAAAUGAGCAGGCGGAAGCAUCACGUUCCUCAACCCUAUGUAGAAGAAUCAUUUUGGCGAGGAAUGCGACAUUACCUUUCAUUAUGAUAAUAAUUGAUGAUCAUGUGGAACGGAUAUCUGAGGUAUGUUCAGUAGUUGAUAAUUUUCGUAAUAAUCUGCCUAGUGAUAUGUGA